GGUAAUGUAGAUGAUGACUUACAAGCAAUUUCGAGAAGCCAUCGGCCCCUUAUUCUGUUCAAAACCCCUUCCACCUCCUUGGUUCCUCGCACCAAUAGACUCAGACUGUCAAGUGUCUUUGCAAGGAGUUUAGGAUGGAGUCUCAAAAAGUGGACGCGUUUCAGUAUAGACCGCUAGCAAAGGACCGCUGCGAAAUCCGGCUUGUCAGGAUAGUCAACGUCCAGGAAGACCCAGGAAAGGAAGUCAUCAUGCACCUCCAAGUCUUCAGCUCACCCCUCGACGAGGCCGGGCCGUACAUUGCUGUCUGGUAUGCCUGGGGCGAUCCCACGCCUACCAGCAAGUUAGUUUGCAACAAUGCGGCUAAUUGGGUGCCCGAAAACACCUUCUGGACCCUCUACACCAUCUACCAUUCCACUCAGCGAGCCUCAACCAGAGCUGUCACGCUUUGGAUCGACGCUCUCUGCAUCAACCAAGCCGAUGUCGAUGAGAAGAACAUCCAAGCCCCCUUGAUGGGACGGAUCUAG